AUGCGUCGAGUCCUAGGACAAGAAAAGUACGAAUACUUCUUCGACAAAUGGCUUGAGUAUUUCUUCACCGACGCGGAUGCCAAGUUCUUCUCCGAGCUAGGGCUGAACUGUCUCCGUCUACCAUUCAACUACCGCCACUUCGAGGAUGAUAUGAAUCCCCGAGUCUUGAAGGAGUCCGGGUUCAAACACCUGGAUCGAGUCGUUGAUCUGUGCGCAGCACAUGGCAUCUACACCAUUCUGGACAUGCACACCGUCCCUGGUGGGCAGAACCCAGACUGGCACGCGGACAAUCCCUCCGCUUAUGCCGCGUUCUGGGAUUACAAGGACCACCAAGACCGCACGGUCUGGCUCUGGGAGCAGAUUGCCGCAAGGUAUAAGGAUAACCCUUGGGUUGCCGGGUACAACCCGCUCAAUGAGCCUUGCGAUCCCGAGCAUGUCCGGCUGCCUGCUUUCUAUGCUCGUGUCGAGAAGGCGAUUCGCAAGAUUGAUCCUCAUCACAUUCUCUGGUUGGAUGGCAAUACGUUUGCGAUGGAAUGGAAGGGGUUUGAUGAAGUGUUGCCGAAUUGCGUGUAUGCCAUGCAUGACUACUCGUCAAUGGGCUUCCCUACCGGGCAACGCUACAAGGCCACAGACGAGCAGAAAGAGAGCCUUGAACGCACCUACCUGCGCAAAGCGCAGUUCAUGACCGAGAAGAAAACCCCGGUCUGGAACGGGGAGUUCGGGCCCGUCUACGCGGAUAAAGCCCUCGACGCCGAUGCCGAGACAAUCAAUCAGGAGCGGUACAACCUUCUCGGCGAACAAUUGCGCAUCUACGACAAGUAUAACAUCAGUUGGUCGAUCUGGCUAUACAAGGACAUUGGUCUGCAGGGCAUGAUCUACACAGACCCCGAGAGCAGAUGGAACAAGACGAUCCAGCCAUUCCUCGAGAAGAAGAGAGCGUUCUGGUUGGACAAAUGGGGUCGUCGACCUGCACCGGAGCCGGAGGCUGCUUUGAGGCCGUUGCUUGAUUGGAUUGAUCGUGUUAGUCCGACUGCGAAGCAGACUUAUCCCACCUCGUGGAAUACAGAGUUGCAUGUCAUGCGUGGUGUAUUCUAUACUUUCCUUGCGGGAUCUUUCGUGGAUGAGUUUGCUGAGCUGUUCCGAGGAAGCAGUGUGGAGGAUUUGGAGGAGUUGGCUAGGAGUUUCCACUUUGAGAAGUGUGUGCAGAGAGAUGGUCUCAAUCGCAUUCUGAAGGAUCACUCGAAGGCAUCUCAUUGA